CAGCCAGGGCCUGCCAAAUUCUGUGCACUCUUACCAAAAAUAAAUGAAAUUGUGAUGAGGAAGGGAUAUACCUUCUCAGCCCUGCAAAAGGCUAUGGGUUUGGCACUUUGUGGAGUGGAAGCUUACCUGGAAUUACUUGGGAAGUGGAGGAUUAGAUGGGCCACGCUUGUAAAGUCCUCCAAAGUCCAAGUAUUUGGUUUGCUGUGCCUAGGGCUGGACUUGCUUGAUUAGGAUGAGUGGGACUUGCUUGAUUAGGAUGAGCUGAAAAUGUAUUGGUGAUGCUUCUGCUAUGCAUAAUGAUUUAAAAUGCUCUGUAACCAGCAGCAUUAAGAAAUACACAUCUGCUCUUAACUGUAAAAUUUAGUAAGUGGUAUAGCAGCAAGUGCAACAAUGCCUAUAUUUUACUGUAAGAGAAAUAGAAUUGUAAUAAUUUAAAUCCUGUUGACCACUGGGGAAGUGAAAAUGAGAUCUGUUUUUAGCUUCAGCAGAAUUCAAUGUGUAAAAAUGCUUACACAAUGCAAAGUGCUUGACUGUUAGAAGAGUUGUUUUCAGACUAACUUUUCUGACCUCAAUAGAUAAGGAUCAGCAUUCAGGAGACAAACAGAUAAUUUAUGUUGAAGUGUGCACUUGCUGCUGCUUAUGCGGUGUCAUUUUAUAGAUUUUGUUUUCAGGCCAAUAGGUGCAUUCAGAUCAAAGAACAUUAAAGACUUCAGGCCCUGGAAACUUGUGCUCUGUUAUUUGGAUACUGUGAAUUUUUUUGGAUGUGUCAAUAUUCAGCCCAGCCUACGAAAAGACUUGUCUCAGCCUUUUGGAUAACUCUGCCAGAUGCAAUUUUCUCCCCAGGCUGAGCUGACCUGGAUACGCAACAUGCACAACAGCAGCGCUGAAACCCCGCACACAGCGGGCAGCUGUAACGUGACUUUGCCCACACAGCCCCCGAGCUCCGAGUUUUCGCUGGGCGUGUUGGUGCUGCUGGCUUUCCUCAUGGUGUUGCUAGCUCUGGUCACCAUCCUUGGGAACAUCCUGGUGAUCCUUGCUUUCAUCAUGGACAGGAACCUCCGGCACCGGAGUAACUAUUUCUUCCUCAAUCUUGCCAUUUCUGACUUUGCAGUGGGUGCGUUCUGCAUGCCUCUCUACAUCCCUUACAGCCUGACAGGGAAAUGGCACUUGGGAAGAGGCCUGUGCAAGCUCUGGCUAGUUAUGGACUAUCUCCUGUGCACAGCUUCAGUGUUUAACAUUGUUCUUAUCAGCUAUGACCGUUUCCUCUCCGUUACUAAAGCUGUAUCUUACAGAGCCCGGCAGGGAAUAACAUCCAACCCUGUCAUCAAGAUGGUGGCCACCUGGGUCUUUGCCUUCCUUCUCUACUGCCCAGCGAUCCUCUUUUGGGAGCACGUGGCCGGACACAGCGUGGUAGCGCCGGAUCAGUGCUACGCCGAGUUCUUUGACAACUGGUACUUUCUCUUGUGCGCGUCCACCCUGGAGUUCUUUGUGCCGCUGCUCUCGGUGACCUACUUCAACGUGCACAUCUUCCACAGUAUCCAGAGGCGCCAGCGGCACGGCAGCACGCAGGACUGUGAGCCUCCAAGGAGCAGCAGCUUGUCCUGGAGAUUUUGCUUCUUGCCAAGGCCAGAAGCAUCGUCUCAGUCGGAAGCAGAGGACAGUGUUUCGUCAUUAAGAAGGUCAUGGAGACCAGCAGUGACGGCUAUCCGCCCAUCUCCAACACAAACCAGCCCCACAGCUCUCAAAAAGGACUUUUCUGUUUCUUUCCGUUCAAGAACUGGGUCAAAACUGCAGCAGGACAAGAAAAUAGCAAAGUCGCUUGCCAUAAUUGUGUGUGUGUUUGCCAUUUGCUGGGCCCCGUACACUUUACUGAUGAUUAUUCGUGGGGCCUGUCAAGGGAAGUGCAUCCAUAGCUCCUUGUAUGAAACAACCUUUUGGCUUUUGUGGAUCAAUUCCUCUCUGAACCCAUUUCUCUACCCUCUCUGUCAUGUUAAAUUUCGAAUGGCUUUCAUGAAUAUAUUAUGUCCCAAAAAGUUUGCAACAUUGAGAUUAGGUUCUUUCUAGAAGGAAAAAUGAAAAAAAAAAAAAAAAAAGACUCAAGAGGAGCUGGAUGAGGAUGUAAGUAGCCACAGUUUGAAAUCAGAAUUAGUCUCUUCAAGGAAAUUAGUUUGGUUAGAAAACCUAGAUAAGCCUUCAUGAAAUAUGUCCUCCUUCAGACAGACAUGCAGGCUCAAUUUUGUGUACUUUUUUCCAGCUAUUUCAACGGGCCAGUUAAGGGAUAUUCCCUCUGUCUGUCUUUCCGUAGCAGUCAAUCCACAUUAUCUUCAUUCUGGUUGUUGAAGAUACUAUCGUCAAUUGCAGUACAACUUACAUUUAUGUUCAUGAGUGGUAGUAGUUAAAAAUACAGUAAAGGUAGGUAUUUGCCAUAAGGUCAAUAGUAUUCUAAAAUUAUUAUCUUCUCUAUUGUAUUUCUUUUGAAUAGUUUGUAGUACAUUCAGAAGAAUUUUUUUCCUUAUCGUAAAACAUCCAGUUAAGCUAUGACUUUCGUUGUCAGGCACAUAGCAGGAUUACUUCCUUUCACCAAGGAUGUUCAGACAUCAGGGGAAUACAGGGACUAUUUUAAAAACUCAAGUGAAGGUGUUCUCUGCUGAAGAUGUUAAUCAUGGGACACAACAUAUGAACAGAAAAUAACAUAAUGCAAAGAAAACGUGAAAGGAAUAUAUAACUUUUAAGAAAAAAAAACUUAGCGGGAAGAAUCUCAAUGUUGAUAUUUUUAAAGUUUUUAAAUGUUAGGAAACACUGAUGGGUAGUCAGCCUUUUGGGAAUAAACUUGCCCAAGAUUCAGGUAUGAAGUGCUGAGGAAGAAGGUUCGUUCUUGAACAGGCAGAUGGAAACAUAAACAUGAGUUCAGUGUCAGGAGAAUGAUGGCCAGGGACACAGCCCUUAUUUGACUGUCUAAUCACUAAUAAUAAACUGCAUUAUGACAAAUACAGCAAGAAGAAGUACUUCUGUUGGCAUCGUCUCCAGACAGACCAGAUAAUUUUCUAGCCCAACCUGUUCUUGUUCCACUGUCAUACUCAGCUGUUGAGGUGAAAAGUUCUUUCCUUCUACAGACUCUAGCCCAUCAUAAUUUCCUUUGAUCUUUUUUUUUUUUUUUCCCCUGAUACAUUUCUUUUUGGACUAGCAGAAUCUAAAAUGUAAACUUCUGAAACCUAUGGUGUAACUGGGAGGUUUACAAAAGCAUAUUGGCUUUUCUACCUCCUCUCCAGUUUUCUCUGAAUGCACUUCUGGUUUGUUAUUUAAACUAGAUGCAAUCUUUUUAGGUGAUGCCUAAACAGCACCUAGCAUUAUAGGAUCUUGGCCAAUGAGUUGGGCUUGUAAUUGCUGCUAAAAUUCAACAGAUAUAUGCAAAGCAGGUCAGGACACAAAACACAGAAGUCCACUACACCCAUCUGUUUUCUUUAAGUGCAGCGUGUAUCAGUUUUACCCUGCAAAGCUUUUGUCAUUCUUCUAAAAUGCAACCUGUAGAGUCAGUAAUGUUGAACAUGUGCAAACAAAUACUUUUGUGUCAGCUUUAAGAGCAAAUAGCUCCUUAAUGCUUUAUAAGACAUGCUUUUGAUAGUGUUAGCGAUAGAGAGUGAAAGAUCUCAUUCUGGUUAGCUUAUCAAAAAGAUACCUACAAAUUUAACUCAUUGCCUUGUGUAGAUAAGGACACAUACUCUUGUAUCUAUGACAUGUUAUGGGUUUUUUAUUGUUCCUUUUCCUUGCUCCCAUCUUUUGCUUGCUUCUCAUACCAGCCUGGUCUCUGCCAGAACUGGUUGGUACAGGCCAGAACAACAGCUGAACGCUGGCAUCAACAGGGACUCCUUUUUAAACAGCCUGAGACCUCAUGAAGUCUGCAGCAGUGCCCUGUGCAAGGCCUAGGAAAAGCAAGUUGAAGUAGUUGAACCAAGAUGCCGAGCAGACACUAAGCUCCUCUGAGGAGCAGUGGAACAUGUAAUGCUGCCUCCAUUUGGGCUUGUUAGAAGUUGACAGAUAAUUACUGUAACUGGACAGUGCUUUUUGAUGUAAACUUGGUUUUGGGAGCGUGGGCAGAUAUUUCAGUAAUACCUCUGCCUUAUUUCUGGCACCCUUUGCAACUGCACCGGGAAAUAAGUUGGGAAUCUAGUUGCGCUUGUCUCCCUCACUCUCUGUGAGCUAUUGUUGGUAGGAGAGAGAAGGAAGAAAGAAGCUGAUGGGCAAGAAAAAUGGAGUGUUUUAGGUGAGGGGCUAGAUUAGGUUUUUUUUAUUCUCCUGAUGUAGAAGUUAUUUCCAGCAAAGAAAGACACAGGAUCUCUCUACAUUGUGCUCCUUAUCCUUCAGCCAGGCAGCAGAAGUAUUGGGAACUGUCAGAGGGAAGGUUUAGUCCAAGAAGGUUCUUGUGGACCAUGAGUCCCUGUGGAAGUUGCACAACUAAGCUGCACUACUGACCUAAGUGCUGAUGACAUAAAAGUCUCCUUACACCUGAUCGGAGCUCAUGGUCAGUGCAGGUCCCGCAAACCAUGUCAUGGGGUCCAUGCUGAUGAAAGGCAUCACUAAGGGCGCUGGUUAGAGGGGAAAGUGAUACUGCUGUCAGUUGCAAAUUUCACUUCUCCCUUGGAUUGACAGAACCGUAAGGGACUUUUCACAUAGGCAUCAUUUGGUAAUUGAAAGUGCCCAGGCAAGUUCCUGACUUUCUUACACAUUAAAAAAAAACAAACAAACAAACAACUGUUUCAAAUUACCAGAGUAAAACUUUACUUUGAAGUACAGAAUUUACUUGAAAAUUGCUAUGAAAAUGUGUAAAGAAAAAGCUUUUAUAAACAAAAUUCAGAUGUGUGUCUAAGAGCAAAAGCUAAAGUUGAAUAAACUGUCAUGCUUUUUAGGAGGAAUCUGUCUGAAUUCUGGAGACAUGGCUUUUUAGUUUAAUUACUGAACAACAGCGUAGUCAUUCAUAAAAUAUCUUCUUUGGGCUCUGACAAAAGAACUGAUGAAGAACCUCUUGCUGAGCAAAUCUUAGUCAAGGACAAUUGAGUUUUAUUGCUGUUUGUGUGAGGGCCUUGUGGGUGUCCAAUAGUCCUUAACUGCCACAACCAUCCUCAACUGGACUCCCACCCCUGACAUCAACCUUGGGCGCUAGAGCACCGUUGGGCUGGGGUGGUCCUGGCUUGAGCUACAUGGGUGCCUUUAGGCUGCUCUCAGCUCUGCCUUUUGCAUCUUUUUUGAUGUUUUGACUGGACUUCUGAGAUUGGCCUUAGACCCAGCUUGUCACCUCCUGUUUGUGUCAUGUUCUCCCCCAGCCAUACCUGGGGAACUGAAGUCACCUAUAGUGGCAUAAUCUGUGGUAUCACUUGUCCCUCAGAAAAGGAAUCACACGAGUAGAGCAAAUCCAGUCUGAUCAGGGGCUCCCCAGGAGGUUCUUAGCUCUGCCUGCCAAGCAUCUUUUGUCCUUUUUUCCCCAAAACAAUUCCAGAUCCCACCCUUUCCUUUUAUUUUUUUUAUCAGUGCUAUCCUAAUACUUCAUUGUUGUAUCAGUCUUCCUUUCAACUGCAUCCUUCAAAGCUGUUUUUUUUUUCCUUACAGUCUCCCCGUUUCUCAUAUUCCUACAGUACCUGGUUUCCCAUUUUGCAUCAGGUAGUUCGUGUUCCUCCAUAUUGUUGUAGUGUCCAUAGAUUUGCUGUGACACAUAUUUCUGUGUGCCCUGCUUGAGAGUUCCCUAGGGAUAUUGGUACAGCUUUUCCACUAAAUCUAUCACAGACCUGUUCUCACUUACACCACCUUUUUCUUUCUCAUUUCCUGUACCGUAAAAGCAUCUUUCUUUUUAAGACAUCUACACAGAGUUUGAAAAACCUGUUGUUUAGCAGUCUAAGACAACUAUAAAUACCUCCUCUUACCUUAUGCAAACUUUGCAAACUUCACCAGUCGUAGCCUAAUUGCUGUUAGGCUGGUGUCGUUCUGGGGUAGAACACAGGGUUCUUGCACAUCAUCGCUUCAGAACAGGUCUCAUCCCUAGUAUUUCUAAAAUGACACUGCUGCCUUAUCUCACAAAUGCCAAAACCUAACAGCCUGUGUUCCCAACAAAUACAAACAAUCAUAGCUGAUUCCUUUUGAUGUUGUGGAGGUUCUGGCACAGUAUUUUGUAAGGGUUUUGAAAACUUAGGUUAAACAUGAUGUAAAAUGCAAAAUUUUUAUUCAAGACAAAGUGUUUAAAAAAAUAAUCGACCAAGAUCAGAAAUGAAGACACUUUAAGCAAAGAAACACAACAUAUGUAUCCAGACCAGAAAAACCCAAUUCCUCUUUGGUCUUGUUUUCUACUUGUGUGCAUUUAAUUUAAAAACAAUGUUUUAAUCGUAGUGUUAAUGAAGUAGUGUUACACCCCUAGUGUAAAUAGGGUGAAGUGUUCUAUAGUAGAGUGGCUGGAUUUGUAUAUGAUAAAACUGGAACAGCAUCAUAUGUUGAGAGAGGAUGAAGGCAAAGUUCAAUUUUUACUGUGCAGAAUAGACUGCUUUCUUGAACAGAGGGGAAAUGAAAAAAGAGACUAUCUCCUUCCUUACAUUACUAAAUCUAGGUAUUGCCCUCUCAAGACUUUUCCCUUCAAGCCUUUUUUUCAGGAUCUUUUUACUAUACUUCAUGCUGUAUCAAACUUUCUUGCCUUUAGAUGUUUGCACAGUGCUCUGAUCUUCGUUCGUUUGUGUACUCGUUUUCUUUCCCUGUUAAACAGCUCUGCCUGACAUUUGUAUCUUGGGUGUGCUUUUAUUUUGGUAGGAACUCUCCCUUAUCACUCUAUCUUUAAAGAAGAGCAUUCGUUAGACCUAUGAGUUGCAAUGAGACUUAAUAUAACUAACAGUGACACUUCACUGAUGUGCUUUCUCAAGCUAUGGAAACAUUAAAAUAUCAGCUGCUCCCUUUCCCUGUUUUCUGUAGGACAAGGUACAAUGAUUUGUUUGUCCUCUUCCCACUGGUGUCUCUUGGUCACCAUACCUAGCUCUGACCCAGGAAGCCACACGACCUCCCCCUGAAGCUCACAUUUCUCACUCCUAGGAAGGAGGACAGUCUCACUGCUGUGUACGUGCCUUGUAAAGCAGGAGGCCAGCUUUCCCCAACCAUCUGCAGUGCCAACUAAAUGAGAAGCUCCUCCAGAGGGUGAUUUAGAGGAGGGGUCUGACUUAAUCCCCUGAGACAGCAGUUGAGAGGGCCCGUUCAUCCCCGGGUACACUUGUGAAGGCAGGUGCUGUGAGUGCAUCUGCUGCUUUUCCUUAUCAUAGCUUCUCACAGAAGCCUUAGUUUUGGCAUUUUCCUCUCGCUGUUCCAACUGAGAUGCUCCUGCAGGUGUCACUAGUGCUACACGGUAUUUUUAAACCUUGCAAAUCCGUGGGUUUUUCAAAAGGUGCCAUUUAUACGCACAAUCCUGUAUGAUAUGAAUAUGACACCGGCAUCUUUCUGCUAAAAAUUACACCGAAUGUGUUACAUUGCAUCUAAUAUUUACGAAAAUGUUAGAGGAAGGACUUAUUACCCUGGCAAAGAAAAGAAGAUUUUAGUCAUGCAGAUAAUCAUAAAUCAGUGCAGGACUUCUUCCUAAGUUGCCCUGCGCAGAAAUCACCCUGUGCUCUGCAUUUAAAGCAGAGCCUUACAUCGCCUGUGGAAGAGGAGAGUCCUGCUGAGCUGAGAGCAAGUCCUCAGCCUUGGCUCAUUGAAAAAAUGUGCCCUCUCCUCUGAUAUAAAAGGCUUUGUUCUCACGAUUUCUUUAAACUAUUCUAACUGCGGAGUGCUGCUCUAAAAGCUGUCCCAUCCCUCCUACCCGUCCUGCUGUGGCUGCUGCUCCCGGCCCCGCAGUCCUGCCCCACUGCUGGCCUGGGCGAGGGCUUGUGCAGCUGCACAGGACAGUCAGUCUGUAACAAUUUUCUGUUUGAUUGGUUAGUUUAGGGUGAAUUUAUCACACAAGCACAGAAGCACUAGCUGCUGGUGUAACAGAAGAGGUGACAGCUCUGCUUUUGUCAGCAGCUUGCUUUUGGGUCAGCUGAAAGCAGUGAUGAAGGCUUUGGGUAUCGGUACUUGGAUAUGUUUCUCAGUCGUUUUCUACAGAUCAGAGCUUUAGCCUGGCUGUCUUGGUAAACCUCCAGCGACUUUAGCAAAGUUGUGCCCAACUAGAAUGGAGUCAGACUUUGCCUGAUCGGUAUGGUAGACAACUUCAAGGGGAUCUGCUCAGCUGGGCUUUUGGGGCAGAGGGGCUUCCCCAGAGGGACAGAUCUCAGUUCCAUUGCUUUCCCUGGCACGCCAAGGGCCUUAGCAACUUUAGCUCUUUUGUAUGGGGGAAACUGCCCGUAACUGUUGAAAUUAGUGUGGUUUCCUGCUGAGACAUUUACAUUCAACUUAUUCUGCUGCUUUUGACAGCUGACUGCAAGUACAGUCAGUCCUCACGUAUAUACAAAGACAGUGUGUCAGUGCAAAUGCCUGUGUUAUAGGACAUGAGCCAAAUUAAUUUCUGGAAUAAUGCCAUGGAAGUUAAUGGGUAUAGCCUCUGGAGUUUAACUGUUUGCAUUAUUUGUAUUUCAGUAACAAUUUCUGGUGUAUGCAGAUCAAUUAAUUUCCAAAUUGUUCUACUAUUACUAUUUCAGGCUAAUUAACUGUCCGGCUUUUCUGGCAUUAUACUGACAAGCACACUGUUUAUUUUCUGUUUUCUGUCUGUGGGUUGUUCACACUGGUUACCGUCAGAAAGCACUGGUUAGUUUUUUCAUUAUUAUACACCAGGUUUCCUUUGCUGUCUUCUGCCUGGGGAGCUGCCCCUUUGCACCAGACCACCGGGCUACGUGUAUCCCGCCAGAAGCAAACAGCGCUGGCCUCUGACUCGCCUCCUUUGACAGCCUCACAGCUGGGGUUGCACCCUUCCUCUCCACCAUGCCGGAGGAACAGGAAAGAGUCCUUUGAGGAGCUGUAUGUAAAUGCUUGUUGUGUUUGUUGGGGUUUUUUUAUAAGGAAUGGCAAUAUUAUCUUUUGUAAUAUUCUUCCCACCUAAUAUGCAGGCUUAUGUCUCCCUUGCUACUUGAACCUGUACAUAUAAGAGACUGAAGAAAGGAGAGUUUGAAACAAAAUCGAGGCAAAAAGGAGCUUUAAUUUCCUUCAGAGAUUCUUGCCAUGUCCAGAGCUUAGGCCCUGCUCUCUGUGCAAAUUAUUUCUUGUGAAGUCACUAGGCUUGUUGCUCCUUGGUAUUGUGGGAGGGCACAUAAGCACAGGGAGGAAAAGCAGGAGGCUUGGAUUAAACUUACUGCAGCUUUUGAGCCUUAAAAGAGAGACCUGAACUCCAUUAGGGAGCCAGCAUGGAGAGCAAAUCACCAAGGUAUUAGACCUGCAAAAACAUUUGAUGCUGAGCUGAGGAGCCGCUUUGUCAUUUAAAACAUAUAAUAAACCCACGACCAACUCGGAGAGGGCAAUGAGUUUUCAGAUUGAGUCAAGGAGGUUUCUUCUGGUCCCUUGCUGAGCAGGACAGGGCUUAUUAGGGAAAAAAACUCAUGUCCAAUUUGAUUGGGCUCACAGGCUGAGAUCAGUGGUUUUACUGACACUCGUAUUGAUAGGACUUUGGUUUUCCAGUGACACUGGGAGUUGGGAGGAGAAUGACACCAAAACUGUAGCUCUGUUUGAGGGGUGUUUGUGUGCAUUGUUCCUGCUGCACUGGGAUGCUGGAGCCAGUACUAUUGGUCAGCUCCAGGGGAGUUUUGCUACUCCUAAUUCAGCAAAAAUAUUGUUUACUUUUUUUAACUUUUGACCUGGAAUAUUGAGCAAUAAAAUGCAUUUUAUGUA